UUGUCGUUGGUCUCUGGCUUGUUGGUCACGUGAUCACUGCAGCAGCAAUGUUUGUUUCGUAUUUGAAUCAAAUGGAAGCAUUGUACAACAUUGAGUAGCAUAUAUUGUAUGUUUUUUACAUUUCAACUUAGACAAUUAAGAAAUGUCUGGGGAAGAAAAUCCAAAAACCAAUGGGAUUCCAGAUAUUGUUAUUGGCAAAAGUGAAAGCGAGAUAUGUCACGUGUUCUGUCAAAUGGAUGCUCUGAGACCAUUCCAUGACGAAUCUGUUUGGAAGGAAGUCAGGCGUUGGGUAAAGUUUGAGGAGGAACUUGAAGAGGAUGGUAAACGAUGGUCCAAGCCCCACGUGUCAUCCUUGUGCAUGCAGUACCUCACAGAGUUACACAUGAUUGUAACAGCCAAUCCCGUGCUGCUAGAUCUAGAAGCGACAUCUAUGUUCGAAAUAGUAGAUCUUUUACUGGAACAUUGGUCUAGCGAUGGUACUUUACAGCCCUUGUUAUGGAACCAUGUCAGAGCAAUUCUCUUGAAGAAACACAAACACAAGACGCUUCAUAAACAUCUUCAUAAAAUUCGUCUGCCAAAGAUACGAUCGGAGGCACAAUUGUCCGAAAAUCAUAGUCAGAGUGAAGACGAAGACCGAGAUACCCCGAAUGACUCAAAGAGUCAUACAAAUCAGGCAUACAACCCUAGUCCGGAAUCUACUGAAACAAUGGACAGUACUGAAACCGGAACAUCCGAUCAUAAAAACGAGGUUGCACUUUCGGAUGGGGAGAGGAAUACGAAAUUUAAGAAGAAGAUACCACAAGGUUCCGAAGUAAUGAAUAUCAUGGUAGGUGAAGUCGAAGGUUUAAAGGGAAAUCUGUGUGCUUUUGUACGGCUUCAAACUGCUAGUGAUAUUGGAAUGAUAACGGAAGUGGAUCUGCCAACUCGUUUCCUGUUUAUUUUACUGGUUCCAAAAGGGAAUUUGGAACCAGCAGAGGAAGCUGCUCGAUGUAUGGGAACCUUGAUCACAGAUGAUAUUUUUAGGGAAGUAGCAUACAAAGCUGAAUCGGAGAUAGAUUUAUUAACUGGAAUUCAGGAAUUCACCAGUCAAACAACAGUGCUGCCACCUGGAUGUUGGAAUCCAGCUACAAGAAUAGAGCCUCCGGAUACUUUACCCACAAAGGAGACUCGGAAAGCAGGUCAAUCCUUUAAGAAAAAAGAACCCCAAACUCAUAUAGAUGCUACCCUGCAAAGAACUGGAAGGUUAUUUGGUGGUCUUGUAGCAGAUGUUAAGCGAAAAAUACCUUGGUAUGGGAGUGACUUUACUGAUGGAUUACAUAUACAGUGUUUUGCGUCAUUUAUAUAUUUAUUCCUAGCGACCUUGACCCCGAAUGUGACCUUUGGUGGAUUACUUGGAAAAGAAACCGCUAAUUUUAUGGGACCAAUGGAAUGUAUAUUAGCCGCAGCCAUUACUGGUGUAGUGUUUGCUUUGUUUUCUGGUCAGCCAUUGAAUAUCUUAGGAAGUACAGGUCCAAUGUUGGUAUUAGAGAUGAUACUGUAUAAUUUUUGCGUGGACCAAGAUUGGGACUAUAUGCCCUUUAGAUGCUGGGUUGGAUUAUGGAUUGCAUUCAUCAUUUUUGUAAUCGUAGCACUAGACUUAAGUGCAUUAGUUCGAUACAUAACAAGAUUUACAGAAGAAUGUUUUGCUUGCCUAAUUGCACUGAUAUUCAUAUAUCAAGCUUUUGAAAAUUUGAUUAAGGUUGAAAAUGAUUUUCCGAUUCAUCACCAUGCGUCAUCAGCAGAUUCAUGUGUGUGUGAAAACUUUACAAUACCGUCUUAUAAUUAUACUAAUGUUAACAAUGUUUCUGAAUAUACAACGAACCUGUCAGUAAUCAGUGUCUAUGAACGAGAUUUCAAUUAUUCAGUUCAAGAUCCGGGCACUCAACACCAUAAUGUGCUUCCGUUCAAUUGUUCUGAUUAUGGUGGUAAUCUUACCGGAAGCGGAUGUGACGACAAACCGUAUGUACCGAAUGUGUUCUUUUUUUCCAUUCUGCUUUUUCUAGGAACAUUUGGAAUUGCAAUUAUUUUAGUUAAUAUCAAAGGCGGAACGUUUGCAACAGCAACGAUUAGACGUACUAUCAGUGACUUCGGAGUUUUACUGUCCAUUAUAUCUAUGGUUGUACUGGAUGCAUUACUUGGCGUUCCGACACCAAAAUUAUCAGUUCCUACUGAGUUCAAGCCUAGUAAUGCUGCCCGUGGUUGGUUCAUUAAUCCUUGGAGUGAUAAAAAUCCCUGGUGGUUGAUAUUAGCCGCUGCUAUUCCCGCAGUACUGACGACAAUCCUGAUAUUCAUGGACCAGCAAAUAACAGCAGUUAUCGUUAAUCGACCAGCUCAUAAACUUAGGAAAGGAGGAGGAUACCAUUUAGAUAUGUUAGUACUUGGUAUAUUGAUAGUGGCUCUUUCGUUAUUUGGACUUCCAUGGUAUGUUGCAGCCACUGUGUCGGCGCUGGCGCACAUAAAGAGUUUAUCAAGAGAAUCGGAAUGUACUGCUCCUGGAGAGAAACCAACUUUUCUUGGUGUGAGGGAACAGAGGGUAACAGCGUUACUUGUGGGAAUACUGAGUGGUUUCGCUGUUCUAAUAACUUCAGUUCUCAAGUUUAUACCAAUGCCAGUACUAUAUGGUGUGUUUCUUUACAUGGGUGUUGCUUCCCUAAAUGGAAUGCAGUUAAUGCAAAGAAUAAGCAUUAUAUUUAUUCCGCAAAAAUACCAGCCUGAUUAUCAAUAUCUGCGACAUGUUCCAUUGAAGAAAGUUCAUCUUUUCACAGUACUUCAAGUCAUUUGUUUGGGUGUUUUAUGGGGCGUUAAAAGUUAUAAAAAGAUAUCAAUAAUUUUUCCUGUGAUGGUUCUCGCAACAUGUUUUGUCAGAAAAGGAAUGGACUAUCUUUUCUCGGAGCAUGAAUUAAAAUGGUUAGAUGGAGCUGCGUCGACAAAGAAGGAACAAGAAGAGGAUAAACAUAUUGACAAAGACACACGAAGAAGAGAGUCCGUUUCAGCAAGAAGAGAACGAUGCAAAUCGCUGCCAGCAACGGCCAACAUGGGAUUUCGACCUUAUUUACAAAGUGUUGACGAAACUGCGAUGAAUUCCAACAACUUGGAAGCUUUUGAUAAACGCCAAAGAAAGAUUUCCUUAAUGGCACUUCCAGAUGACAAAACCUACCGGAAGUCAAGUGAACGUUCUGUGAAUAGUGAUUUUCAGUUUUCUCUUUCCUGUUUACACAGGUCAUUGUCACAAGAAAAUACAGACGGUAUAAGAAAUCAAGAAAUAUUUGAUAAGAGGAAAACACGAAGGCCAUCCUUACUUGCGAUACCACCACCAACAUUGCACGAGUAAUCCAAAAACCACGUGACCACGUAACAUAUAGGCAUUAUAAAACUGUUAUAGUUAACGAACUGAUUUUUAUUAAAGAGAGUUGAACUUUUUAAAAGUGUAAGCUUUCAGACAAAACUAGUGUAUAUAAUCUCUACCUUCAAAGAGGAUAUUUUUUGUAUUAUUUGCUCGAUAAUGUAUUGAUGUAAUAUUCUUUAUGAAACUGUACUUUUUCAGUGUGAUGACGUUAAGAAUGAACGACCUUAUAUAGUUGAUCCACAAGCUGAUUGACGAUAAAAAACAUAUCAUUAUAACUUUUCGUUGUGUUAAACAAGAAUGAACGGUAACAUGAAAUCCCUUAAGUUGAUUGACAGGAUGUAUUAUAGCUAUCUGUCAAUCAAUUUCAGACAUUUUAUACAUGUGGAAAACAGUACAUCGCAAUUUUGAUUCUUACUUCAUUGUUCUUUGCGAUCGUAAAACCGAUAUGACAUUUUAGUCAUGUUGGUGACAUAUCAAGUGUACUUGGGACUUCCAUUCAUAUUUAUGCGAUACUUUGACAAUUACUGUUGUGUCCUUACAUGAUCAACACGACGGGUGCCUCGUGAAGAGCAGAAUCUGCUUAACCUUCUGGAGCACCUGUGAUCACCCCCUUUUUUGGAUGGGUGUUGCUCAGUCUUCAGUUUUCUGUAAUGAGUUUUGUGUACUGUUGUUUGUCUUUUUUCCUUUUUUUCAUGGAGGUGUCAGUUUGUUUUCGACAAUGAGUUCGAGUAUCCCUUUGAUAUUUUUCGACCCACUUUUCCUGAAGUUUACUGUUAGUGUACUGAAUUGACACAAAUCAGCUACUAAAUUUUAAAUAUCAUGGUGAUGUCACAAAGUAUCUAUUUAGACUAUUUAUUACGUUGUGAUUAACAUGGUUUAUAUCUCAAAUAUCAUCAAGUCGAAACAUUCUUAUGUACCGACCAAAAAGUACCAAUACAAAAUAACAACUGACCAAAGAA